UGGGCAACAAGAGCAAAAGAACAAAACUCCAACUAAAAAAAAAAAAAAUUUACGGUCACACAAGACCAUACUAAGACUCUACCCGCAUUAGCUGUGGAAUGCAGAACCAAGUCACUUACGACCAACUUUUGGGUCCUUGCCUAACUCAUUUGCAAAAUGGAGAUGAUAAAACCAACCUCACAGUCUUGUGAUGAGGAGUUUAAUUAAGAUUAUGCUCAUAAAAAGCUUCCUGCAGUUCUGGAGUUUUUUUCAAGCAGAUAAAUGGAGCUGGGCUAGGACUGUUUUAAUCCAAACACAGACGAGCACAGAAAAAUAUCAGCUGUUCACAUGUAUACAACAUGGCCCACAAGCCUGCAUACAGACACCUGAAUGCACACAUGAAAACAUCCACAUACUUACAUGUAGUCACCCAGUUGUGAAUGCGUACACACAAAUAUGAAUAUGCAGCAUACAUCUUGUUUCACACAGAAAUGCACAUCGUAGACACUCCUAAAUCAUGUGUGCACACAUGCUGUAUGCAGAGACACACACAAAAGUUGGCAAACAUUGAGAAACAGUGGCACACCCCGUCAGGCACACACACACAUGUGCAUGUGUAGACAUAAGUUGGAAUGGAUACCCAUUAUCAAACACUAACAUACACCCCACAAAGCCUGGCGCACACAUAAAUUCAUGUAUCAACAUGGACAUACUGAAAUAUACAUGCACAUAGACACUACAAGCAUGCACCCAGGAUGACACACAGACAGUUGUAUAAAUGACGAUAAACAUGGCAGAGGCAUCCAGGAGAACCCAAUGGACAAAAUGGCAUAAAAUAUAAAGAUGCAGGAGUACUCAGGGUGAUUGAGGGGAACACUGACUUGCAGGGAAGGAGAAAGAGAAAGAUAGAAAGACGGGAUCCAAGACACGGGUAGACAGACAGGUGGGCAAAGUCCUGUGCAGGGCUCCAGGGCCAACCAGAAUAACCUGAGAGUCUAAUGCUGGCCUGUCCUUCUGCAGACACUGCCAAACUCAGCACCACGCUCCAGGAGGCCAUGAAGGAUUAAUUUCCUAUUCACAGCUCCCUGGGGUAAAUCUUGGCUGUGCUGAGGAAGGGAUGGGGAAAGAGGUUCCCAAAGACUCUGUCCCUUCCCUCCUACCCAAAGGAAAAGAUCUGGGAGCUUUAGACUAGAGAAUGUAAAAGCAGGGAAGGUGCUUAGGGAACAUCUCAUCCAUCCAUUUCAUCCUACAGAUUAAAGAGAACAACUACUAUUCAUUGAGCACUUACUGCCAUGUACCUCAUCUGCAUUAACACAUAUACUUCUCCCCUAAAUAGCCAAAGAGGUAGGAGCUGUUCUUGGCUCCAUAAGGCUCACAGAGAUAAAGUCAACUAUUCAAAGCCAAAAGAAGGGAUAAGGUUAGGAUUCCAAUCCAGGCCUUAAUCAUUGUACCAUCCAUCCAGAAAGGGAAACUGAGGCCCAGCAAAGAAAAGGGAUCUUCCUGGGUUCGUCACUAACUCACUCUGAAAGCCUGUACCCGAGACACUGCCCACUAGGACAAGUCCACCCCACACGAUUUCAGACACCAUUCUCUCACUCCACGCCCCAGGGUAAUCAACAAGUCCAACAUCGAUUGACCUCUAUGUGCACAAAUACUGGAGUUCUCCCAGCCUGUCUCUCCCCACCCCUCCCUGGCCAGGUCAUGGCAGCCUGCUGACCACUCAGUGCCCUUCCCUGUGCCAACCUCACUGAGAAACCAACUCCCCAGAUUUCUAUCUCCCACCUUUCUAAGAAACAAGAAGGAAAAGGAAAGACCCAGGCUUGGGGCAAGCCCAGGUGCAGGCUGGUGACCAGGAUUAGAGGGAUUGAUAUCUGCCCAGCUGGUGCUAAUCCUCCUUCCCACCUCUUCCCCUCCAAAAUCAACAAACAACUUUCCUCUCUCCGCUUUGUUCUCUGAACUUUGCUCCCUCCACACAGGUCUCAGGGCUCAGCAUCCCAGAACACUUGGAACAAGAUGUCAGUCCUGGGGGUGCCAACCUCACCCACCUCCCCUUGUCCAAAGUUGGUGACCCUGAGGACAGGUGCAACCCUGGAGGGUCCAAACAUCAGAGCCUGUCCUGUGGCCAUCUGAGGACCCUCUCAGGGUCUCACUGAGGCUCAUCUCAGGCCCACAUAGGACCAAUCUCAGCCCCUGCCUCAUGCUCACGUCAGAGCUCACUGGAACCAACCUCAGACCCUAUAUAGUGCCACUCUUAUGCCCUCUAGAAGCAGGACACUCUUAUGCCCUCAAUGACACUUGAGACAACACACAGAGCCGUCUUGGAACCAAACAUGACUUUAAUAUUCUCCUGCUGUCAAGUUCAGUGCCAACUUGUUUCCCAUCCUCGCGUACACCUGGGGGCAGUCUCAAAGCCAACACGAUGCCUCCCCUCCCGGGUCGUACCUGAGGCUGAUAUCAGAACCCGCCAGUGUCAUCCCUGUGUCCACUGCUGAUAUCAAUCUCGGCACUCACCUCCUGCUAAGCCUGCCCCGCACUUGACUCCCAGGGUGAUCUAGGCCAGUCACUGCAGGUGGACGAGGAGAGAGUUCACAUCCCAGCUCCCUCACUUACUCCCUGUGUGACGUCACUCAAGAGGAUUUAUGGAGUCUAGAUCUGCUCAUCUUCAAAAUGAGGAUGAUGAUGAACCAACCUCAUUGUUACAAAGAUUCAACCAGGUCAUACACACCUAGACUUAAUCUUCCCAUAUACGACCGUGCUCACCAAAGGGUAACUGUCCUGUUUACUAAGGAAGAAUUUCCCUGAGGGAAGGACAGGAGGCUACUCAUCCCUUCUCCACUCCCACCCACCCCAGGCUCUGCCUCUGUGCCUAACACUGGAGUUUACCCCAAUCUCUUCUCUUAUUGUUCCCUCUGCCUGCUAAUAGUAGUAACCCCUGACAAAGCAGGCAUCACCCUUAAAGGAGAUUUAACUCACCCUCAAAUAUGAUCUUCUCUUCCUAAAUACUCCCUUUCCACUGGCGGGAAAACCAAAUCCACAAAGUGGAACUAAGGACACAGAGGAGGAGAGACGGGAGUUCAGGGCCACUCACGCAUGUCCCCUGCCCACGGUCUGUUUUCUGUCCUCUGUAGACCCUUACAUAAAAUGAGAAACACAAAUAACAAUAAUAAUAUUAAUGAGGAUGACACAAUCAAUGUAGUGGGUUUUCCUAAGGAUCUUGUUGGAAACCAGUGGAGGUCUUUGUAAAUUACAACCCUUGGGACAUGAGAUUUUUCUACCAUUUGGGGGUUGUUAUUACUAUUUCUCCACACCUGGCCAAUCCCUCUGCCAACUGAUAACUCGAGGCACUCUCCUCCAGGUGUGGGGAAAGUUCCCCUGAAAUAUGGCUCUGGUCCUACACCCCUUUCCCAACCAGAGAUGUGCAGUGGAGGUUCUAUGGCACCCAUCCUGGCCUCACUCUGAGGUUCCAAUGAGGAUUCUGGGCAUCAAGAGACAGCUCUGGGCCACAGCAAAAUCAAGUCAGUCCCUGGGCCCAGUGCUGAGCUGUGGGCUUUCUGGGAGGAGCUGCUGGGCUUGCUACACACUCCUCCUCCCAGAAACUCCACACCCACACCCUGGUCUUCCUAGCCCCAAGACUCUCAAGUCCAUAUGGCUGGAAUCCCCCCUCCUGAGACUGUUAACCCUGCAUCCUUCACAACAGAAGACCCCCAAAUGCACAGCCAACUUCCGUCUCACAUUAAUAAAACCCAGACCUUUGGAUUCCUCUCCCUGGAACCCCCAAAUCCACAACUUUGGGGUACAUUCUCAUUCUCAGACCAAAAAUCCAAAGCCCAAGUGCUCCCCUGUGCAAAUAUUCCAAACUCCUCCGUUCUACAGUUUAUCUGUUGCCCCUUCCUUAAUCCACAGCCCUAGGGCACCCCUCCUGAAGUACCACAGACUUAGUCUGGAGGCCCCCUCUCUGUUCAGCUGCCCUGGGGUCCCCCUCCUCCUCCCUUGCUGACUGUGUCCCAAGCUAGGCGGGAUUCAUGGUGGGGGGUGUAGUGGGGAGGUGAAAUGAGGUGAUUGUGUAAUCAGCCAAAGUCCACCCCUCUUUUUCAGGCAAUAUAAAGGCAAACCACCCCAGCCAUCACCAUCUAUCAUCCCACUGCCACCAUGCUGGCCUCAGGGCUGCUCCUGGUGGCCUUGCUGGCCUGCCUGACUGUGAUGGUCUUGAUGUCUGUCUGGCAGCAGAGGAACAGCAAGGGAAAGCUGCCUCCAGGACCCACCCCAUUGCCCUUCAUUGGAAACUACCUGCAGCUGAACACAGAGCAGAUGUACAACUCCAUCAUGAAGAUCAGUGAGCGCUAUGGCCCGGUGUUCACCCUUCACCUGGGGCCCCGGCGGGUCGUGGUGCUGUGCGGACAUGAUGCCGUCAAGGAGGCUCUGGUGGACCAGGCUGAGGAGUUCAGCGGGCGAGGCGAGCAGGCCACCUUCAACUGGGUCUUCAAAGGCUAUGGCGUGGCAUUCAGCAACGGGGAGCGCGCCAAGCAGCUCCGGCGCUUCUCCAUCGCCACCUUGCGGGACUUCGGGGUGGGCAAGCGCGGCAUCGAGGAGCGCAUCCAGGAGGAGGCGGGUUUCCUCAUUGAGGCCCUCCGGGGCACGCAUGGCGCCAAUAUCGAUCCCACCUUCUUCCUGAGUCGCACCGUCUGUAAUGUCAUCAGCUCCAUUGUCUUUGGGGACCGCUUUGACUACGAGGACAAAGAGUUCCUGUCACUGCUGCGCAUGAUGCUGGGAAGCUUCCAGUUCACAUCGACCUCCAUGGGGCAGCUCCAUGAGAUGUUCUCUUCAGUGAUGAAACACCUGCCAGGACCACAGCAACAGGCCUUUAAGGAGCUGCAAGGGCUGGAGGACUUCAUAGCCAAGAAGGUGGAGCACAACCAGCGCACGCUGGAUCCCAAUUCCCCACGGGACUUCAUCGACUCCUUUCUCAUCCGCAUGCAGGAGGAGGAGAAGAACCCCAACACGGAGUUCUACAUGCAGAACCUGUUGAUGACCGCGCUGAACCUCUUCAUUGCAGGCACCGAGACCGUCAGCACCACCCUGCGCUACGGUUUCCUGCUGCUCAUGAAGUACCCAGAGGUGGAGGCCAAGGUCCAUGAGGAGAUUGACAGAGUGAUCGGCAAGAACCAGCAGCCCAAGUUUGAGGACCGGGUCAAGAUGCCCUACAUGGAGGCAGUGAUCCAUGAGAUCCAAAGAUUUGGAAAUGUGAUCCCCAUGAGUUUGGCCCGCAGGGUCAACAAGGACACCAAGUUUCGGGAUUUCUUCCUCCCUAAGGGCACUGAAGUGUUCCCUAUGCUGGGCUCUGUGCUGAAAGACCCCAAGUUCUUCUCCAACCCCCAGGACUUCAAUCCCCAGCACUUCCUGGAUGAGAAGGGGCAAUUUAAGAAGAGUGAUGCUUUUGUGCCCUUUUCCAUCGGAAAGCGGAACUGUUUCGGAGAAGGCCUGGCCAGAAUGGAGCUCUUUCUCUUCUUCACCACCAUCAUGCAGAACUUCCGCUUCAAGUCCCCCCAGUCGCCCAAGGACAUCGACGUGUCCCCCAAACACGUGGGCUUUGCCACGAUCCCACGAAACUACACCAUGAGCUUCCUGCCCCGCUGAGUGAGGGAUGCGCUGGUGCAGGUCUGGUGGGCGGGGCCGUGGAAAGGGCGGGGCUAGGGGCGGGGCUCGUGGGAGGGGCGGGGCUAAGAAUGGGGACGGGAUGGGGGAAAGGAAGCCUCGAGGUGGUUAGAGGGAAGAGAAGAAACAGAAGGGGCUUAGUUGACCUUGAUAAGGUGCUUCCGAGCUGGGAUGAGAGGAAGGGAAACCUUACAUUAUGCUAUGAAGAGUAGUAAUAAUAGCAGCUCUUAUAUCCUGAACAAGUACCCCCGUGUCAGCUUUGUACAAAAAGCGUUUGUUCACAAAGCGUUGCACGCUCACCUCACUUAAUUGCCACAAACCUCUGCGAAGGGGAAAAGCGUUCAUGCCCAUUUUACACGUGACAAAGCUGAGACUUAGAAAGUUGUCUAUCUGAUGUCUCACAAAACGUCUAAGUGCCCAGAAAAUCUUUGAACACAGAUCUGUGCUGAUAGCCCUCUGGAAAGAUUCUUAAAAAGCACCCAUUCCUCACUAAAACAGCUUAGUAUAGCAUCACAUGGCCUGAACAUCCCUGUCCUGGGGCUUUUUCCAGAGACCUGGUGAGUGGCUGUCCUGCCUUCACUGCCCACUUGCCCACACUCUCACCUACUCAACAUGCUUUGAAUACCAGGGUGUAAUCUGUGCUCACUACCAGGUAAGGCCGCUGUGGCCCAUUCAGAGUCAGUCCGGGGACACAACGAGACAUGAAUGGACAUACAGAGUCAGUCUAUUAACAAAUAUUUUGCAGAGCAGAAGUUUUUAAUUUUAAUGAUGUUCCAUCAGUAUAUCCCUUAAGGAAGAAGUUGAAGGAGAGAACCACCUACAGAGAAAGAUGAGAGAACUCUGGAUCAGGACAUACCAUAUGCAUGUGUGUGAUCAUGUGCAGGUGUGCAUGUGACCACAUAUUCUCCUCCAUGUAUGCAUGAAACACAUUCCACUAUGGGUUUCUGAAGGUGGGGCUCUCCGGAUGGAUCUGGGGUCUGUUGUAAGACCCAGCUAAGAGUUUCACAACCACUGCCCACUCUCAAAGAAGUUAGUGUAUGGCCCCCUUAGAAGCUUCCUUACAUCCUUCAUGAAAAUUAACUCCAAGUUUAUUAUAGACCUAAAUGAAAAAUGAGUAUCUAUAAAACUUCCAGAAGAUAAUGUAGGAGAAAAUUUAGAUGCCCUCAAGUUUGGUGAUGACUUAUUAGAUACAACACCAAAAGAACAAUGCUUGAAAGAAGCACUUGAUAACUUCUGUGUCAUUGAAAUUAAAAACUUCUUCUCUGAAAAA